AUGCCGAAUUUAUGUUUGGUGGAAAAGAAAACCGAGGAAUCAAAAUGCAAUUAUCUAAUGCUGUGGGUAGGGGAAAAAGGACGGCAGAUAUUCUCAACAUGGAACAUUGACGCAGAAGCAAAGAAGUUAUUGCAAACAUAUUAUGAUGGUUUCGCAAACUACUGUGCACCAAAGUCAAACCACAUAUACAGCAGAUACAAGUUUAAAUCGCGAAUUCAGCAAGAAGGAGAAGUCUUUGAACAAUUUGUAACAGAACUGAAAAUCUUUAUUAAGGACUGUGGCUAUCCAGACACAAUCAUUGACGAAAUGAUCAGAGAUCACAUAGUGUUUGGAAUACGCUCGCACAAGAUUCGAGAAAAACUCAUAAGCGAAGGAUCGGGACUGACACUUGAAAAGUGCACGGAUAUAGCACGGACUUAUGAGUUGAGUCAAACUCAGGUCAAGGACAUUAAUUGUCAAUCACAGUCAGUGAAUGCAGUCGAACGAAACCCAAUGUACAGGGCAGCGCAGAAGAAAACACGGAGUACAAUGCAACAGACUUAUUCCAGAAACCCCCAAGAUCGCCAACAGAGACCAUUUCAAGGGAAACAACAAGGUGGACAAUAUGAUACACAUAGGACUAGCAAUUUCUGUGAUAAUUGUGAGAAUUCAAAGCGUGGAUAUAAUGACAUGUGUCCCGCUAAAGGGAAAUUUUGUGAUUAUUGUACAAAACCCAAUCAUUUUGCCAAAGUAUGCAGACGAAGAAAGCUUGACAACAACAAAAUCAAUGAGGUAACACAUUUUGAUACUACAUCUGAUCUUGAAUAUUCCUCCCUUGACACCCCUUCCCAUGAUGAUGAAUUCUAUGUCAAUACAGUGGAGCAUGAUCAUAUCACAAAUCAAGCAUUUGCCACAAUCACAAUUGGUUCAACACCAAUUUCCAUGAAAAUUAAUAGCGGUGCACAGGUAAACUGCCUUCCAAGGUCCGUUUAUGCAUCUCUUAAGAUUGCAGGCCCACUAACGCCUAAUCAGAAGCGUUUAACAGGCUAUGACGGAAAGCCGUUAAAGGUAGAUGGUAUCAUCAAAUUGCCAUUAAAAUACAAUGGGCAAACAUUUUAUGAGGAGUUCUAUAUAGUAGGUUCCAGGUCACAACCCAUAAUAGGUUUACAAACAUGUUUGAAACUUAAUGUCAUGAAGUUGGUCCUAGCUGUGGGCUCAGACUCACAUCCAACAAAAGAGUCAGUACUAGGUCAAUACCCUGAUAUAUUUCAAGGUAUAGGGCAACUACCUGGUGAAUGUCAAAUACAUUUACGCGAGGAUGCAACUCCAGUUAUACAUCCUCCACGAAAAGUGCCCAUAGCAAUUAAGGACACGCUCAAGGCAGAGCUCGACCAUAUGGAAUCCCAGGACAUAAUCGCUAAGGUCACAGAGCCAACUGAAUGGGUUAACAGUCUUGUCACUGUUGAAAAAUCUAAUGGAUCUCUAAGAAUCUGCUUAGACCCGAAAGACCUGAACAAUGCCAUUAAGAGACCACACUACCCAAACAAGACUCUUGAGGACAUACUUCCUGAAUUGUCACAUGCUACAGUGUUCUCUAAAUUUGACGCUCGUAGUUGUUACUGGUCCAUAAAACUUACAGAGGAGUCUUCAUACCUUACAUGCUUUAACACGCCAUUUCAAAGAUAUCGUUUUCUACGGUUACCCUUUGGAGUUUCAUGUGCAAAUGAUUUGUUUCAAUCAAAAAUUGACCAGUGCCUUGAAAAUCUGCCAGGUGUAACGACAAUUGUUGAUGAUAUUGUGGUUUAUGGUAAAGACCACACUGAACACAACACAAAUAUCCACAUGUUCAUGCAAAGAUGUCGAGAAAUGGCCAUCAAACUAAACCCAGAUAAGACAGAGAUAGGGAAAAGUGAAAUACCUUUUUUCGGUCACCUUCUCACAUCUAAAGGUUUAAAAAUGGACCCAUCCAAAGUUAAAGCUAUUGAACAGAUGCCUUCACCCACAACAAAGUCAGAACUUCAAACAGUACUUGGGAUGAUAACAUAUCUGCAAAGAUUUGCACCUAACCUAUCAGAAAUAACUACCCCUUUAAGAUAA